AUGUCGACACCUGAACCUGUCGAGGGCUCUUCGUCUUCAUCGUCUUCAGCGGCUAUACUACAGCUCACCAAGAGGUUCAGACAACUGGGUCGACUACCUGCUAGCUGGAUCAAAGCCGGGACCGACCAGUCCACGCCGGAGGAAUCCUACCUUUGCGACACAUGCCUGCGCAUAGACCUUAGACUCGAGUCAUUCCUAGUUCAACCAGAUGAGAAGGACCACGAGUUCGAACGGUCCCAUAAAUUCCGGUACCUGGGAAGACUCUCACAGAUUCGAACAAGGACUCACUGUCCAUUCUGUCGACUAGUCCUUGAGAUCGCAGAUCGACCCUCAGACCAACGCAAUCCCAGUCUGCAUGCCGAUGAUGACCCGCUCUGCUAUGCACGGUGGGUAGUGGAUGGACAAGAAGAUCUCGGGCCUGAUCCCGACCGGCCAGGGGAACAUAUUUUCAAGCCAAAGACAAGACGGCUCCUGAUAUACAGCGACCCCCAAGCAUUUAAAGAUGGAUAUCUCGUCCUUUUGGCGGACGAUGCUCCCACCCGGGAGUUCUUGGGACGUAGGAUUACGUCUCCCGACCUGCUGGACCCCCACCAGCUGCGGCAAUGGCUACAUGACUGCGAGACAACCCAUGGGAUGGAGUGUGAAGAGUCGUUGGUACAUCCCGAAUUGCUGGGAGAACCGAAGGACGUCUUCCGCGCCAUUGACGUCCACAACAUGUGCAUUGUCGAAACGCCGAUGACAGCAAGAUACGUGGCGCUGAGUUAUCUAUGGGGCAAGAACUUCAACCAGCUCUUUACCACAUCCAAGAAUCUCCCGAAACUGUCACAGCCGGGCGCACUCGAGAAGGAAAAGAUCCCUCGAACGAUCAAGGAUACCAUCAAGCUGACCAAAAUGCUGGGCGAGAGAUACCUGUGGACGGAUAGCUUGGCGUUAUUGCAUGACGAUGGCUUUCAGUAUCAUGACGACUGGGUAUAUGCCAGAGCUGCUCUCACCGUGGUGGCUGGCUCGGGAAAAGAUGCGAACGCAGGGCUGCCUGGCGUGAGGAAAGAGUCUCGUACCUUCCAUCAAGAAAUCGAGCAGGUGAAGCCUGGCCUGCGAUUGAUGGUGUCGCAUCUUGCGGAAGAUUACAUAUCCACAUCCCAGUGGGAUUCGCGGGCAUGGACCUUCCAGGAGCGGAUGCUCUCCCGGCGAGUCCUUCUUUUUGUGAAUGGACGAAUAUACUACCAAUGUCGACGGACGACGUACUGCGAGGACAUUGAAAUUCCGCCUGUCAACGGAUGGUCACUGGAUUCGAUUGAUAUGCCGACCCGGAUCUUUCGUGAGAAACCUUUUGUACAGUUCACUUCGGCAGUGGAACUAUACACACGGCGCGAACUGACGAACGCCAACGACAUCUUGAAUGCUUUUGAGGGUAUGCAGCUGGUGUUGGAGAAGCGGAUAGGCGAUCGCGUCUACUACGGCGCCUUGGAGACAAUGAUGGACCCGUCAAUACUCUGGGAGUCGACCAAGAGGCUACAUCGUCGGCCAGGAUUCCCCAGCUGGUCAUGGUCCGGCUGGGUUGGAGAAAUCCAAUGGAAGUAUACCGAGGUGGCUCGUUCGUGGAUCGAGUGGCACGCAGACCUGGCAAGCCACAUCCACAAAUUUCCCAAACAAGCCUACGAACGGAUCUCGCCACCCAUACCACGACCUAAAACCCUCGAACCGAUGUCCAGCCACAGACUCGGCAGCUCGCUUCCGUUAUUACACUUUCGGACGGUAGUCGUGCCAUUCAGUCUCACCGCCCCUUCACUGAUACACAAAUCCGUUAUAUCGCCCUUGAGGAAGAGGCUUACAGGGCCGAGCGCCUUAUCGACGGUCCGCCCGGCACCAGCUGACCCGGGCCUGAUCCGCGCGGGUAUCGCAGACCGCAACGGCCUAUGGUGCGGCACCAUCGACCUGGACGUGUCAUGGAUGCCUCGCGUGGGCCAACCGCUCGACUUCCUGGUCAUGUCACGAGUUAGCCGAUUCACUGAUGAUGAGCUUGCAAUUUGGGAAGGGACAAUGCCUGAUGACAUUGAGGAAGCCUUGAGAAAGAGAGAUUACGGCGUUUAUAAUGUCUUGCUGGUUUCUCAGAAAGAUGGCGUUUACUACCGCGAGGGUUUGGGACGGGUUUUGACGGACAGCCUGGAAAGAGCGCCAGACCCGGGACCUGUAUGGAGGGAUAUUGUAAUGGGCUGA